AGGUUCGUGACCGUGACAUUGGCCAUCUGUCCGGUGGAGAGCUUCAGCGUUUCGCCAUUGGUCUGGUCUGUGUCCAGAAGGCUGAUGUGUAAGGAUUACCUGGGUAUUCAGACUACAACGAGCGCUGACAUCUCUGUAGCUACAUGUUUGACGAGCCUUCGUCCUACCUCGAUGUCAAGCAGCGUCUGGCCGCUGCCCGCACCAUCAGAGAGCUUCUCCGCCCAGAUGACUACGUCAUUGUUGUCGAGCACGAUUUGUCCGUGCUUGACUAUCUUUCCGACUUUGUUUGCGUUCUGUACGGAAGACCUGCCGCCUAUGGUGUCGUUACUUUGCCUUCUUCGGUCCGUGAAGGUAUCAACAUCUUCUUGGAUGGUCACAUUCCCACCGAGAACCUUCGGUUCCGUGACGAGUCUCUCACUUUCCGUCUCGCUGAAUCCGGUGAUGACUUCAUGGUCGAUAAGGCUCGUGCUUUCAAGUACCCGACCAUGAAGAAGACUCUUGGCAACUUCCACCUUAAGAUCGACGCCGGUGACUUCACCGACUCUGAAAUCAUCGUCAUGAUGGGAGAGAACGGAACUGGAAAGACCACUUUCUGUAGAAUGCUUGCUGGUGUUGAGAAGCCCGACAACGGCAUCACCAUUCCCCGCUUGAACAUCAGCAUGAAGCCCCAAAAGAUCACUCCCAAGUUCCAGGGUACCGUCCGUCAGCUGUUCUUCAAGCGUAUCAAGGCCGCUUUCUUGUCGCCCCAGUUCCAGACCGAUGUCUACAAGCCCCUCAAGAUCGACGACUUCAUCGACCAGGAAGUUCAGAACCUGUCCGGUGGUGAAUUGCAGCGUGUCGCCAUUGUCCUGGCUUUGGGAAUGCCCGCCGACAUCUACCUCAUUGACGAGCCCAGUGCUUACCUUGAUUCCGAGCAGCGUAUCGUGGCUGCCAGAGUCAUCAAGCGUUUCAUCAUGCACACGAAGAAGACCGCUUUCAUCGUCGAGCACGAUUUCAUCAUGGCCACUUACCUGGCCGAUCGUGUCAUUGUCUUUGACGGAAAGCCGUCUAUCGAUGCGCACGCCAACGCCCCCGAGUCCCUUGUCACUGGUUGCAACACCUUCUUGAAGAAUUUGGACGUUACCUUCCGUCGUGACCCCAACAGCUACCGUCCCCGUAUCAACAAGCACCAGAGUCAGAUGGACCAGGAGCAGAAGCUCCAGGGCAACUACUUCUUCUUGGAAGAAGAACAGUGAAAUCGCCGUUCCUGGCAACCAUGACCGCGUGCCUCGCCAUGACGACGGCCGCGAUUCCGACCGCCGGCGCCGCCACCGACGUCGCCGGCACCGGAGGAGGUACCUUCGACUAGUGGCGUUUUUCGGCGUUACCAAGGCCUCUGCGGCUCUUGGGCGGCGCGCCUGCCAUUGCGGUGGUCGCCGGCCCAGUGAGGGCAGUGGAGAUUUGGAUGUGGAGGAGGAUGAAGAUGACGAGGAAGACGACUUGCUCAACUAUCAUCUGUAGCGG